CCGCCAUAUCUAACGAGCUACGCAUGCGCGCCGUUUAAGUCAGUCAUGGAGCUAGAUAGAGCUAAGGUGAACUCGAGCUUUAAUAAGGUAGCGGACACGAACGGAGGGACAUCACAAGCAGCCGAGUUCAAUGGAGACGUAGAUUGCCUACAGCAGCAGCAGACGAAGACUAAGAAACCGAAGAUGACCAACGACGAUCUGGUCACUGUUGUUGUAGGAACGCAAUGGGGAGACGAAGGAAAGGGAAAAGUGGUCGACAUCCUUGCUACGUCGGCCGAUGUGGUGUGUCGUUGCCAGGGUGGAAAUAACGCAGGCCACACCGUAGUUGUUGAUGAUGUCGUUUAUGAUUUCCAUCUGUUGCCAAGUGGAAUAAUUCAUCCAACAUGUGAUGUCAUUAUAGGUAAUGGCGUUGUUGUUAACCUGCCUGAAUUAUUCCAUGAAAUUGAGAAAAAUGCUGCUAAGGGCCUUACAAACUGGCAGAAUCGUUUGAAGAUUUCAAACCGAGCUCAUCUGGUGUUUGAUCUCCACAUGAAGUUGGAUGGGGUGCAAGAAAUGAAAAGAGGAAGAAAUUCAAUUGGAACCACUAAGAAAGGAAUCGGUCCAACAUAUGCCUCUAAGGCAACAAGGAAUGGUCUGCGUAUGUGUGAUCUUGUUGGUGAUUUUAACCUAUUUACAGAAAGAUUCAAGAAUCUCAUUGACUAUCACAACACCUCAUGUCCGGAGCUGGCUUUGAAUGUGGAAGAGGAGCUGGAAAAAUACAAGUUGUUACGAGAAAAGGUGAAACCUUUUGUGGUAGACUCUGUCCUCUACUUGAAUAAUGCCAUUAAAAAUGGACGCAAGAUUCUUAUUGAAGGUGCUCAAUCAACUAUGUUAGAUAUAGACUUUGGUCCCUAUCCAUAUGUGACCAGCUCUAAUUGUAGUGUCGGUGGUGUGUGUACUGGACUUGGUAUCCCACCUCGUAACAUUGGCAAUGUCUACGGAGUGGUGAAAGCAUACUUGACUCGAGUUGGUGCUGGAGGAUUUCCUACAGAGUUAUUAGAUGACCUGGGUGACUUGUUGCAAAAACGUGGUGCUGAGUUUGGUGUGACCACUGGAAGGAGGCGCCGAAUUGGCUGGAUAGACAUGGUUAUGCUCCGAUAUUCUCACAUGAUCAAUGGAUUCUCAGCUGUUGCUAUUACUAAAUUGGAUAUUCUUGAUGUUCUGAAGGAAGUCAAAAUCGGAAUAACUUACAAACUUGAUGGUAAACCCAUAGAGUCUAUACCAGCAUCUGAUGAAGACCUGAAGCGUGUAGAAGUAGAAUAUUUGACAUUACCGGGAUGGUUAACUUCGACGGAAAAUGUUCGCAAGUUUGAAGAUCUUCCUGAAAAUGCACAAAAAUAUGUCCGUAAGAUUGAAGAACUGUUAAAUGUACCAGUGAAAUGGAUUGGAGUAGGCCAAGCCCGUUCUUCCAUCAUCCAAGUAUUUUAAAAGAAGGAAGACCUGUCGCUGUUCUGCCAUCUUCCCGGAUGGUAGUGAGACAUCAAAGACCCUACUACUGCUGCAGUUCAUGGGGGCUCUUCACGGAGAGCCCGCAUCUUGUAAUUGUCUUUCAUUUAUGUUGGGAUGAAGAAACUUAAAGAAGUUAAUAAUAAUAAUAAUUAUUAUUAUUAUUAUUAUUAUUUCUACAUUUUUCUCAGUCAUGGUGGAAACUUUAACAAUAGAACAACAUAGUUUUCCUUAUAUUUUAGAAAAGAUUUAAAGAAAUAAAUUUAAAAAAAACACCAUUGUUUCUUAUAAUCCUGCCAUUGUAAAAACAAAGGAUAUUCUCCUAACGGUAUU